CAAAUCAUUGCACGGCAUUUUUGAAGUAAAAAACAAGUGUUUAGGCCUACUGCAUCUCCCUUGAUCUGCUUAGUCAAAAAUGAUUGAUGUCCAUGCUCAUCUAACAGAUUCGAAUUUUGAAAAGGACAUAGCUACAGUUAUAAGUGAUGCAAAAAUAAAAGGGGUGAUUGCUGCAUUAGCUGUAACAAUUACAAAAGAGGAUUUUGUAAAAGUAAUAGAAUUACAAUCAAGAUUUCCAGAUUUUAUAGUUCCAUGCCUUGGACUUCAUCCUGUUCAGGGCACUCAGACAGAGCAAAGAAGUUUAACUCUGAAGGAUUUUGAUAAAGAUGUUGAGUUAUUAAUAGACAAGUAUAAAGAUGUUAUAGCUGGUAUUGGAGAGAUAGGUUUAGAUUUCAGUCCAAGAUUUGUGAGUCAAGAAGGCAGUAAAGAUGAACAAAAGCAAGUCUUCAUCAAACAGGUUGAUAUUGCUAAAAGAAUGGAUUUGACUGUAAAUGUCCAUUCAAGAUCAGCAGGAAGACCAACUAUUGCCUUAUUAAAAGAAUUAGGUGUCACUAAAGCUCAUCUUCAUGCAUUUGAUGGAAAGCCAUCAGUUGCUAUGGAAGGUGUAAGACAGGGAUAUUAUUUUAGUAUACCACCAUCAAUAGUCAGGAGUGAACAGAAGCAGAAAUUAAUAUCACAAGUUCCUCUUGAAAAUCUUCUGUUAGAGACUGAUUCACCAGCUCUUGGUCCAGUCAAGCAGGAGAGAAAUGUACCAUCUAAUUUAAACAUCGUUGUGGAUUACAUCGCAAAGGUCAAGAAAAUUGAUCCAUCAGAGGUUAAACAUACUACAUCUCAAAAUGCAAUAAAAUUAUACCCCAAAUUAGCCAGAUUGAUAACAAAAUAAAUUUAUUUCAUGUAUAA